GCAAAGCAACGUGUGCGAAUGGAUGGGCGUGUUCCACCACGGGAUGGGGCUCAGACCCUAAAACGGCAUUACUGGGGCGUGAGUGAUCCCAAUGACAUCAGAUGGGCCCCAGCCCAGCCUUGACGCACGUCAGGGGCCGCCUCCCCUCCAACCCGCCCUCCUCCUCUCCCCCCCACCUCGCGAGAUUCAAAAGCUUCCCCGCCAGACAUCAAACAAACCAGACUUCCCCGCAACCAAACCCGGAUCGCACACGGGCUCCGGCCGCCCCAGCGCCGCAGGUGAGAGACGGGACAGCGAGCCUGCUGCUGGAGGGUGGCUGGGUGGGGGGGCAAGGUCUCGUGGGACAGGGAGCCUGGGCGUCUUUUGCUUUGAGAGAGAGGGGGGAGUGUGAGCUAGUGGUUUAAACUGAUGCUGAAUUGGUGCCAGGGCUUGACCCUGGAUGGCCACUCAAAAGAGAGAAAGCCACCGCGCCCUUGAGCACAUGCAGAGUGCAAUUCACUCAGCCCUGAGUAGCCACAAAGAAGCCCCUCUGUAUGGGACAAUUAGGACUUCAGUUGGGUUAGUAUUAUAUUUCAAGGGCUUUCAGUUGCAGUGGUAUUUCCAGAGGCGUUGAAACGCUGCAUCCCUCCUUCCCCCACUCCCCAACCUAGAAAAAUAAGCUCUAAUGUUGCUGAAGGGAUGGAGUGACUGGAUCUUAAAGCCCCAACACCAGGGUGGGGGCUGGUGUCCUGUGUAUAUAUGAAUACUUCAGAUUACUUGAUAGAUAGUUGGAAAGCUUUUUAAAAAAUGUAUUUCUGCCCCUCCUCGCCGUUUGAGUUGGUAACUGAGUGCUUAGAAUUUCCUUGAGUUCCCUUCUCCUGUGUUUUGCUUUAAUGCACUUUGAGGUGCCAAUUAUGAGUUCCUGGUCCAAAUGAGCAAUUGCAAUACGUAGGCUGGGUUGAUUUAACAGGAGUAAAAUAAGGUGCGUGUUCACCUGCCCACUUGCUGCCAAAACUCCACUCCUUGUUGCAACAGAGCUGGAAGUAGCGGUUAGUGGUUGCAACCUGGAAUGUGACUUGAAAAGCCGUGAUUGAGCUGCUCUCAGGGGGCAGCAGGAGAGCCUAGUGGUCAGUGCAAAGGUGGGAGCAUGCAGGUCUAGGGCAGCUUGGGGGGUGCGUGUGGAGGCUUGCUGUGUACACUUCAAGGAAAAGACUUCAGCUGCAAGACACGUACAUGUCUUGAUUUGCAUAACAAAAGGUCCCCAGUUUAUCUCGGUAGCAUCAUCCAAGGAUCAUAAUGUUGGUUGUGAAUGAGCUGGCACAAAGGACUGGCAACAACACUGAUAGUGAGGUUGCCGAGUUCUGAGCCUGCUGCCACAUUGAUUGAUAUAGGUUGGCAUGAAUGCUGAUGCCUGCAGAACCUAUCUCAGUCUGGUUGGUACUUUGAUCUGUCACAUAUACCUGAAAAGCUGGGCUGGGAGAUCUGUACUCCAGAACACCGAUUCUUGGAAGUCUGAUCAUGCCAAGCAAUCCUCCAGGGGUGGCACUUUGCAGUUUUCAAGGUACCUUUUAAGAAGUGGUGGAAAGGAGGGUUUUCUUUUCAUGGUGGUAUAAUAAUAAUAAUAAUUAAUAAUAAUUUAUUAUUUAUACCCCGUCCAUCUGGCUGGGUUUCCAACCACUCUGGGCGGCUUCCAACAGAAUAUUAAAAUACAAUAACCUAUUAAACAUUAAAAGCUUCCCUAAACAGGGCUGCCUUCAGAUAUCUUCUAAAAGUCUGGUAGUUGUUUUUCUCUUUGACAUCUGGUGGGAGGGCGUUCCACAGGGCGGGUGCCACUACCGAGAAGGCCCUCUACCUGGUUCCCUGUAACUUGGCUUCUCGCAGUGAGGGAACCGCCAGAAGGCCCUCAGCGCUGGACCUCAGUGUCCAGGCAGAAUGAUGGAGGUGGAGACGCUCCUUCAGGUAUACAUACAUGUGCCACUGCCUGUGGUCAGACGGUUUGGGGAAUGUUUUUGGGAAGGGAUUUUAUUGGAGGCAAAAGUGGUGCCAGUGCCCACUGCUGCCUGCUCCCCUCUGGCACAGCAGCAAGAGAGGAGGCUGAUGGAAAAGAAGCUCAAACCCGUCAGCCGCCUCUUUCAUCACUAGGUCUCCAAUGCAGCAAUGCGAAAAGGGUGAAGACUGCCUCUCCCCAUAUAAACCGUCCCGGACUCUGUGUUCAUCAUCUGAGGCCCUUCUUUGUAUGCCUCCUCCACAUGAGGUUCGGAGGGUGGCAAACACGAGAAGGGGCCUUUUCUGUAGUGGUUCCCCAUCUGUUGAAUGCUGUCCCCAGGGAUGUUCGCCUGGCACCUUCAUUGUAUAUUUUUUAAGGCUCCAGGCGAAACGGUUCCUGUUCAACUAGCUGAUUAAUAUUCUACUUUAGAAUGUGUUUAAAAUGUGUCUGUGGGAAGGGGGAAAGGAAUUGUUUUGCUGGUUUGGUUUAAUUCUCUUGUAUUUUAUUCUGGGAACCACCCCGAGAUCUUUUGGUGAAGGGCAGUAAAUUAAUUUAAUAAAUAAAAUAAAUAUAAAUAAGAUCAGCGUCGGAAGUUAGGGGGCAGUGAAGAUCAGCGUUGAAAAGGGGGAUUGAAAAUGGGCAUGGGGGAGAGAUUUCCAAUAUUUCCCAAGUGAAGAUCAGCAUCAAGAAGAAGGGGACAGCAAGGAUCAGCAUCAAGACCGUGGGGUGUGAGGAGCCUUGGCUGCAUAUAAAAACAGCACCCCUCACAUACUGCAAUGGGGGAGGCAUCAAUUUCUGAUUCGCCUCUGGUGCCCAAAUGUCUGGGGCCAACCCUGGUUCUAUCAAGCCACAGGGGCAACUCUUUAUUUGGCUUCCUGGUAUGUCUGUACACGUAUGAUAAUCUGGGCUCAUGUAAGCUGCGUGUUUGGGGUCACCGAUGGUUGUGUGCGUUCACCACCGAGGGAGUGCAGGACCAGGCUUUUUGGAAGGCCAGUUCCAAAUGUUGCUUCGGGUUGCUCUAGCAGCAGAAGAGAUUGGAGUAGUGGUGCAUAGUGGUUAGAGUGUGGGAUUUGCUGUUCAGUGGUUUGUAGAGAAAUGCAUAAGCUAGACAGGGGUCAGCAAACUUUAUCAGCAGGGUGCCAGUCCACUGUCCCUCAGACCUUGUGGGGGGCCAGACUAUAUUUGGGGGGGGGGGGAUGAACAAAUUCCUAUUCCCCAAAAAUAACCAAGAGAUGCAUUUUAAAUAAAAGGAUACAUUCUACUCAUGUAAAAACACACUGAUUCCCAGACCGUCCGCGGGCCGGAUUGAGAAGGCGAUUGGGCCGGAUCCGGCCCCAGGCCAUGAUUUGCCUACCCAUGAGCUAGAGGGCUCCCUAAAGGCUUGUGGCACAAAAUGGGGGUUUUCUUCACUGAUGUGGGGGUGUCCACAGGCUGUCAUCCCAGUGCUGUCCUGGACUUUUCUCCCUUUAAAGGUGUUUGCUUGUUUAUCAUUGGAAAGUCCAAAAUGGCAAGGAUCAAAAACUCUGUGUUUAAAGGGGGAAAGUUUCUGGGACAAAACUGGGCUGGGGUCCACAUUUUGGUCUGGUGUGGAUAAGCCCUAGAUUUUACCAGCGGCUCUGAGAGGCCAGGAAUUCUGGGUUUGACAGUGCAAUCUUAUUCAUGUCUACACACUUGAGUUCGGUGAGACUUGUCUUUAAGUAAGUAUGUGCAGGAUUUCACUUGAUAUUUGCGGUUAAAAUAGGAGGAAGGAGAUUUUCAUGUGCUGUUGCAGGAAGGGGCAAGCAAGGGGGAAAACAACAACAGGAUUUCUGUUCCAUUUGCUAAGUGGGGUGUGCAAAUGGUAUGUACUGUGUCAAGCACUUUGUCAUUUAUUUAUUCAAUGACCCGUUGGUGUCAUUUGCUGUAAUCUUUUUGAAAACGCCUCUUCCUUGGCUCUAUUAAUAAUUUUUUAUAGAGUUAGCCUGAGCCCCUGCCAGGAGGUUAGUUUGGAGUGGAGGAACCUGGAGAGAAACUUGUGUAAACAUUUAAUAGUGGCACCAGCAAUCUCCAAACAGAUUGGCUAUCGCCCUCUUCUUGGGGGGUGGGGGGUUGUUGCAGGCUAGCCAGGAGCCCUGUCCAUUGUUGGCUUUAAUGCAAAUCAUGGCUCAGCCUCUGGUUGGGUCCACCCAUAUGUGAAAGAUGGGAUAACUCGGCAGGUAUAUUAACUCUGGGUCUCUGGUGCAGUACAUCAUUCUUGCCUGUAGGUGAUGUACACACCCCAAAGGUUCAAGAUGACAGAUUUUGGCUAGGGAGAAAGAGACAGCAUCAUCUAUGGUAGUACAGUGGUACCUCAGGUUAAGUACUUAAUUCGUUCCGGAGGUCUGUUCUUAACCUGAAGCACCACUUUAGCCAAUGGGGCCUCCUGCUGCCGCCAUGCCGCUGGAGCAUGAUUUCUGUUCUUAUACUGAAGCAAAGUUCUUAACCUGAAGCACUAUUUCUGGGUUAGCGGAGUCUGUAACCUGAAGCGUAUGUAACCUGAAGCAUAUGUAACCCGAGGUACCACUGUAGUCUGUGCCUAGACUUGCAAGAAACCACAGCCUUUAAAGUCUAAGCACCAGGGCUUUUUUUUUCCAGGGGGAACUCAUAGGAACUCAGUCCCGGCCCCUCUCAGGUGGGUGCCAUUGCCAUUCUAAGAGAUUUUAUGCCCCUUCUUGUGCUUCUGCACUGGUUGCAAGUGAGCAUCUCAGAAUGAUCCUUGGAGCUGGCAUUCCUCAUUAAAUCGGACACUGCUCUGAGCCCAUAGAGAGGUUGUUCCUUUGCCCAUAAAUCUUUCACCCUUUGAGAUAUGCAGGUGAGGCCAUUUUCUAUAUCUCUUAGGGACCAACAGUAAACACCAGAGCCGUGUGCAUUGAAAGCUGAAAUUUAUUUAUUUUUAAUGCACCCAGGAAAUCCAGAUUCUGCAGCUAAGAAGCUGAACAAUGUGACUUUUGUAAACUGUGCAAACUGGGGGGAAUCCUAAGUUUUGCACAUAAUUUAUUCUGGCUUUGUUAAUCAUGGGAAAUAACAAGGGACUAAAGCCCCUUGACCAUUUCACCUCUCACUCUAGAACCAGCCCCACAGCAGUCUUUAUUAAAUUUGUCCAGAGCUGGGUGUUCCCAUUCCUCAGGGUGUAAACCCAAAUGGGGAGACCGUAUUUUUUUUUUAUUGCCCCUUUGAGAUUACUGUACCUGGGUAGUGCACUUAGCAGCCUUCUGCCAUCUGCAGUGGGUUCCAGCUUUUAUACCUCCUGCCCAGAUGCCAGCGGGUACAAUCCCCAUGCUACAAGUUGUUGAUGUGGGGAAGAAAAGUCCAGUGAGUCGCAACUUGCCAUAGUACUCACCUCCUGUUCUCCUGCCCACAACAUUUCUGCACUCUUGUCUGUUGGCAUGAAGCCGCUGUGGGCUUUUGGGAGCAGGGGUCCAGGUGGCACAAAUCUGCCCUCCCUGCCUCCCUGUCUUUCAGCCAUCUUCUUUCCCCACUGCCUCUGAAUAGUGCCGUGUGUAUUCUUGACCUGUGGAUAAAUGUUAAAUACCGUAUUUUUCGCUCUAUAAGAUACACCAGACCACAAGACGCACCUAGUUUUUGGAGGAGGAAAACAAGAAAAAAAAUAUUCUGAAUCUCAAAAGCCAGAACAGCAAGAGGGAUCGCUGCGCAGUGAAAGCAGCAAUCCCUCUUGCUGUUCUGGCUUCUGUGACAGCUGCACAGCCUGCAUUCGCUCCAUAAGACGCACACACAUUUCCCCUUACUUUUUAGGAGGGAAAAAGUGAGUCUUAUAGAGCAAAAAAUACAGUAAAUACCAUCUGCAUGCUUAAUGGGUUUUUAAUAGUUUGUUUUGCAUUGUAAUUGUUGUGUUUGUUUUGUGUGCUGCUCAGAGAGCACUUACGCGGUGGGGUGGCCCCAUUCCAUCGACAAUAAAUUCUCCUGAGAACAAUCCAGCUCACUCACUACCUUGACUAUUCCUUCCAGGGAUGGAUGUCACUAUACUGCCAAAGGGCGUUGUCUCUAUCGGACGUCGGAUCGUCACCAUCGGCUUUGCGCUGCUCAUACUGUCCAUAUUGGCAUGGGCCUACAUUUCGGGGAACCAGCUGGCUUCCGACCGGUACCACAUUAUGGCAUUUGGCCUCUACGGGGCCUUCCUCACGGCCCACCUCAUCAUCCAGAGCUUCUUUGCCUUCCUGGAGCACAAGAGGAUGAAGAGGGACUCUCUGACUUGCAGCUACACCAAGACGGUGGCUCUCACCAUCUCCGCUUACCAGGAGGACCCGGCUUACCUCCGUGAGUGCCUCGAGUCUGUUAAGGCGACUUUGUACCCUCCAGAGAAGCUCCGGGUCAUCAUGGUGAUCGAUGGCAACAGCCCUGACGACCGGUACAUGAUGGACAUGUUCCAAGAGGUCUUUGCUGGGGAAGACGUGGGGACGUUUGUCUGGGAGAACAACUACCACCACCAGCCUCUGUUGGAUGUAGACGAAGGGGACAGCGGCUACCAAGCCGGAGAUGAGCCGCCUGUCUACAGUGAAAUAGAUAUGGACGACCUCGGACAGCUGGCCGUAGAAGAGCUGAUCCGGACCAAGAGAUGUGUCUGCAUCAUGCAGAAAUGGGGAGGGAAGAGGGAAGUCAUGUACACAGCUUUCAAGGCCCUGGGCAACUCGGUGGACUACGUCCAGGUAAAUGGCUCCUAUCCGGUUGUCUCGCUUCCUCAUUUGUUUUAUCCCAUCCCGCAAUGUCCUCCAGGCACAACCCCAGUCAGGCUGAGAGAUAGGGACUGGGCCAAGAUUUCCCGCAGCAGAGAAAGGCUGUUGAACUUCAAAGGGGAAUUAAAGCAGAAAGUAGGGAGGAGAUGGUGGGAAAGGCAGAGAUCCUUGCCACAUGAGUAAGGUGCUAGCUGUAGGACUUGCGUUCGACCGAGCGACUCUUCCGGUUGAGUCCUCUGACGUGAUUACCGACCUGAGCCUUUGAUGAGGCUCCAAGCACGUUCCCCCAUUACGCAGAGUAUCCAGCACACAGGGAAGUAGCCGAGAUAGUAUGACCUACAUUGCAAAGAGUGUUUUAUUUCUAACUACGCAGACAGAAAAGAAAUGUACAUGCUCUGUCUGUGAAAGCAGAGAGCAGCUGAACAAAAAAGGAACAGGAAACCAGUAAUGUCACAUCCGUCUUCCGUGAGACUUCCAACAGUCUGGAAUGUCUCUGGAAUGCAAAACAGAGUCUUGUGACUCCAAGAACUGCACAGUGGCAACACACAGAAACCUAACACUAGCAGCAGAAGUGGCAGGGCAAAUGGCCCUAAGAGGGAAAGGGAAGGGGUGCUUGAGUUUGCCCGUCUCCUGUGCCUGCUGCCUGAAACGGUUGUCUCAUUCCACCUCUUGAACAGCCCUGCCCUGUAUGCUAGCCAUGUGUCGUGCCUCAGCGUUUGCUUUUGAGCAGAGGUUGGACGGUCAGGGUUGCUUUAGCUGAGAAUCCUGGGGUUGGACUAGAUGACCCCUGGGGUCCCUUCCAGCUCUGCAAUUCAACAAUAUGCUCUCCAUUCUUCUCUGGCUGCACAUUGGAAGAUCAGCAAUUAUGGGCAAAUGCGUCUUCCAUUGCUGACCUCAUUAAGGUGCUCCUGGUCAGCUUACAAGGAAGCUUGUGGUUCCUCAGUAUAGACCUUGACAACCGCUGAAGUGUAUACUUAAGUGCAUUCUGUGAUUUCUGCAGAAGCUCAGAAAAAUACCAAAAUAUGGCAUUGGUUGCAGGGUUCAGCAUUCUGAGACAGGGAUGGGAUGAGGCAAGGCGAGGCACCGAAACCUCUGUUUCCUGACCCACACAAAUCCCACUGAGUUGUCUUCUUCUCCAGUUAUUGACUUAUGCCAUAAGAGCUACGAACUUGGUUUAUUUAAAAACAAAUGCUCGGUUGCUAGCCAGACCCUUGUGGCUUGUUAAGAUUGACCUUUUAGAAGUGUGCGAGUCAGUGCCUGAAGAGAGCGUGCUUCUGCGAGUCAAAGGGAGCGGCCCCUAACACUUUACUAUGGGAAGCAUCAUCAAUUGUGCAAAAUACAGAAAUAUAUGGAAAUUUGCUUAAUUUGCACAGUCCAGCUUAUCUGGGAAUAGAAUUUAUUUUUCUUGGUUUUGCCUAGUCAUGCUACCUAUGAACUAUCUCCUCUCCUACUACCUCUGGGCUUUAAUAUCUAAUUUGACCCUUUCAAGCUUAUUCUGAAGGGCGCCAUGCUGCCCUUAACUCUGGAGGCAUCCCUGGUCACCAACUAAUUUUGCCGGAGUGCCAGACUGACAAAGCAGAAGAGGAGCAGCAAGCCAAAGUCUCUGCCCCUGCCCCACCUUUGUUUCCAAAAUUGCCUCCUGCCAAAUCCCACCAAAUCCAGAUGUUGCUCUUUGCCUCACAGGCUGGCAAGGAGUGGACCAGAUGGCACCUGUCUGCAGGGUAGAUUUGUCCUGGGGUUUCCAGUUGCUGACCUUUCAUGUAUAUACUCUGGGGGUGGGGGCGGGAGAGAUCGAAACCUUGUCCCAAGGAAACCCCAAUUCUUCACCAAGGGGGAGGGGGAAGCGUCUGCAAUCCACAUGAAUCUGUUUAUCUAAUUUUGUUUACGCAUUGCUUCUUCUUUAGCAUCUCAGAGCAAGUACGUAAUACAAUAAAAAUGUAUAUUUUAAAAACUGCCUGUAAAAAUGCAGUUAAAACAAUUGCAUAUAUAGAAAUGAUUUCAACUCCAAUACAGAUGCCAAGAGGGAUUGCCACUUAGAAGUAUUAUUGAAAGAGGAAAAUGUUCAACAUGAUAAUUAUCCUUAUUAAGCCUUAUUAAACGUGUAGCUCAUUGCUUACUUUGCAAAACCUAAGCUGCUUCCCCGGGUUGUAAUGAGGAGCAAAACUCGUCAAGAUGGUGAAGUUUUGCCCUUUGACCUCUACCCAUCAUGUCCUACUCUCAAGGUCCCACCUGUAUCUCCAUCGGCUUCUUACCUGGCUAACCAUAUAACCCAAAUUUCUAUCUCUCUUUCAAUGUAACAGAUUAUUGCAUCCAUAUCAUUAACUGUGCUUUACAAAUUAGUUUUCAUAAGCUUCCCCUCCACUCCUUGCUUCCCAGCCAUCUUCAACCAAACUAUUGAUCCACUGUAUGUUCUGCAAUAUGAGCCAUUCAUUCUCCCUCAUUUGUACAUCACUCAUUAGCCAAAGAAGUAUCAUUUCUAACUUUGGGGGUGUACAAAAUGCUUUAUAACUUUUUUCCUGUUCUUAUCCUUGCAUUAAUUGCACCCGUUUUACAGACAAGGCAAGCAAAGACUGAUUUGCCUCAAGCCAGUCAAUUAAUCACAUAAACCGAGACAGCGUCUGAGCUGGGCUCUUCCCCUGCACACACUCUGUGCUCUCCCCCAUUGCAUCACACUUGUCACAGACACGAAUGUUGCUUUUUUGGGAAGCUUUUCAUACAUUCUCCGGUUUUGCCACAGACCCUGGGACACUUCACACAUGCAUGUGCAUUACUUAAUUAUUGUGCACUUAGCAGUUGCACACUGGAAAGGAUUGUGGCGUUGACCAAGCUAUGAAAGUGUCAAAGCUGGGGCAUUUCACCGCAAGCUUAGUCAUCGCUCGGUGUCACAAUUCUCCAGUGACGACUGUGCAGAUGUGUGAAUCAGCCUUUGAAAGUGUAAGUGCUCUGGCUAACUUUCCCCGUGUUCUGUAAAUCGAGCUUCUGGCAACUUGGAUCUCUCUGGCAAAUUCUAGGGGUGUCCCUUCUCAAUCUCCAUCUCUUGGCCUCUCCCAGGUUUGCGAUUCGGACACCAAGCUGGCCCCAGAUGCAACCCUGGAACUGGUGAAGGUGCUGGAGUCGAACGAACGCUACGGGGCUGUCGGCGGGGAUGUGCGGAUCCUCAACCUCUCCGACUCCUAUAUCAGCUUCAUGAGCAGCUUGCGAUACUGGAUGGCCUUCAACAUCGAGCGCGCCUGCCAGUCUUACUUUGACUGUGUUUCUUGUAUCAGUGGCCCCCUGGGUAAGACUUCCCCUGUGCAUUGGUUCCGCCUCCUUACUUUCAACAGGAAGCAGUUUAUUCGUUUGAUCAGAAAGCUUGUUAUGUUUUACCAGCCUGUUGUAUACAGUGGUACCUCUGGUUGCGAACGGGAUCCAUUCCGGAGCCCCAUUCACAACCUGAGCAGAACGCAACGCGCAUCUGCGCAUGCGUGGGUCACGAUUCACUGCUUCUGUGCAUGUGCGUGACGUUAUUUUGAGCGUCUGCGCAUGCGCGAGUGGCGAAACCCGGAAGUAACCCUUUCUGGUACUUCCGGGUCACUGUGGGACACAACCUAAAAAGAUUUAACCUGAAGCGUCUUUAACCUGAGGUAUGACUGUAUUUGUAUCAGGAACGCGGGCAGCACCGUGGUCUAAACCAGUGAGCCUCUCGUGCUUGCUGAUUGGAAGGUCGGUGGUUUGAAUCCGUACGACAGGGUGAGCUCCUGUUGCUCUGUCCCAGCUCCUGCCAACCUAGCAGUUCAAACACAUACCAGUGCAAGUAGAUAAAUAGGUACUGCUGCGGCGGGAAGUUAAGCGAUGUUUCUGUGCGCCCUGGCACUCAACAAGGAGUGCCGUUGUGCCACGAGCAGUUUAGUCAUGCUGGCCACAUGACCCGGAAAAGCUGUCUGUGCACAAACGCCAGCUCCCUCGACCUGAAAAUAGAGAUAAGUGCAGCACCUCAUAGUCAAAUUUUACUGGACUUAACUAUUCAAGGGUAUUUUACCUUACGUUUGUAUCUCACCUGUUUUGUCCCCCACUAUAGGCCUGUAUCGGAAUGACCUUCUGCAGCAGUUUCUAGAGUCCUGGUACAAUCAGAAGUUCCUGGGUACCCACUGCACCUUUGGAGACGACCGGCACCUCACCAACCGGAUGCUGAGCAUCGGCUAUGCCACCAAGUAAGAACAUGUGGAUACUUGGGUUUUCUGGAGCAAGGGUGAUGCAGAAUGAAAAAUGGCAAGAAGAUGGGAAAAGUGCAAGGAGACCGCAUCUUGUUGCUCCAGCUCCCAUGAGCCCCAAAGCAGCACGGCCGCUGGUCAAGGAUGAUGGGAGUUGUAGUCAGUGGCAUAGUGUGGGUUGCCAGUGCCCGGGACUAUGCAGAACAGGGGGGAUGGAAACGGACAGAAUAGGCAUGCGCAGUUGCAGAGUUAAGAAAAAUAGAGUCAUUCCGUUGUCUGGAGAGGUCACUUCCUGGUUCAUAUGGAGAAGCCGUUUUCAACAGAGCCCAGAGAUGGAACCGGGCACUGAAAUUUUGUGCCCCUAACCAUUUUGCACCUGGGGCAACCGGCCCUGUGCCCCCCGUGGUAUACCACUGGUUGUAGCUCAGUAACAUCUGGAGGGCUGCAGGUUCCCCAUUCCUGUUCCAGACGAAAUUGAAUGAAGACCAUAUUAUAUUCUUAAUUUCUCCUUUGUGUACCAGGUACACUGCUCGCUCCCGCUGCUACUCGGAGACACCGUCCGUGUUCCUGAGAUGGCUGGCGCAGCAGACUCGCUGGACCAAGUCCUACUUCCGCGAGUGGCUCUACAACGCCCUCUGGUGGCACCGCCACCACCUGUGGAUGACCUACGAGUCGGUGGUGGCCGGGAUCUUCCCCUUCUUCGUCACGGCCACCGUCCUGCGGCUCUUCUACGGGGGGAACUUGUGGGACAUCCUGUGGGUGCUGCUCUGCGUCCAGCUGGUGGCUUGCGUGAAGGCCCUUUACGCCUGCUGGCUGAGGAAGAACUUCAUCAUGAUCUUCAUGUCUCUCUACGCCGUGCUCUACAUGGGCGGCUUGCUGCCAGCCAAAUACUUCGCCAUCAUCACGAUGAACAAGAGCAGCUGGGGCACCUCAGGCAGGAAGAAGAUGGUGGGGAACUAUAUGCCUCUGCUGCCUGUCUCCAUCUGGGGCCUGCUGCUCUUGGGAGGCCUGGUCUACACCAUCUACCAGGAGGCCCUGGCUGACUGGACAACCGAGGCCAAGCAGACCGAGAUCUGGUACCUGCUCAUUGGCUCAGCCAUCUAUGUCGGCUACUGGACGUUCAUGAUCAUGCUUUAUUGGCUGUGGGUGCGGAGAUGCUGCCGGAAACGGGUGGAUUUCUAUAGUGUUCAGGUGUGAAGGGCCUGGGGGGGGUUCUGAAACCUGACUGUAAGACAGAAUCUCGGACCAGUGAGGGCUUGGGUGCUCACCCAAGGUCUAGGAGUGAAGAGUGAUCUCGUAGGAGCCACUCCUGGCUAAGAAAUGAUGAGUUCAGUGUCCUGUGAGUUUCCACUCCAUCAUGUGGUCUGUCAGCAGAGUGGGUGUACCCACUCCUUGGGUUCUCUUCUAGGACUAGAAGUCCCAGGGUUGCCUGAAUCUCAGGGAGGAGAUCUUUUACCCAACAAGACGUGAGGAUCUCCUAGCCUCCUCUUCUCUCCCUCUUUGGCUGCUAACGGUCUAGGUCCUGGGAGAUGUUUCUGACCUCAAUUUAUUUAUAUAGUGUUCGAGUUUUUUCACGUUCCAAAAAAAGCCAAAUGUUUGCCUUCUCCUCCUUCUUGAAAUGCAGCCAUCUCUGGGGUGGGUCAGCUGGGUGAUGCGAAACCCCACAGGGACACCUGACGCACAGGAACCAAUCUCAUUGCACUGAAAUGCCACUGCAGAUCCAAGUCAUGAGUGCUGCAGCCACUGAGCAGAGAGACAAGGAUGGAGGGAUGUUGGCCAAUGGUUGCUGUUCAGUUGACGCAUGCAACAGGUUGGCUCUGACUGGGGAAAGAGGGAGGUGGGUAACCUCCUUUUGAUGGAACUGGAGACCAGACCUUGACACACAUGAAUCCUGCAUGACAUAAAAGGAUUCUCUUCCCUCUCUUUUUCCCGCAAGAAAAAGAAAUCCCUUAGUGCUAUGUCUUAUCUUGACUUGUUGAACACUUGAUGGUUACAGAAGAAACACAGUUUACAGUUGUGGGACAGAAGCUGGAAGCUUCUGUCUUGGUUUUUGCUUUGUUUGUUUUUGUUUCUUUCACCUGGAAAGGAAAUUGGCAUUGUGGCUGAGAGGGGAGGGUCAAAGUCGCCCUUAAUCACCUCUCUGUUACUGUUUUUUAAAUUGUAAUGUUGACCAUUGGAGUUUGGGGAGCUCCUUUCUACAGGAAAAUGAAGGAGCGUGAUAUUAUUUAUUUGCUGUAUUUUAAUAAUAAGGGCUAUUUAAUGGUUGUUGAUGUCUUUUUAAAAAAAGAAAGAAAAUUGAAUAAUGAGGAUUUUUAAAAAAAAUGUUAUUUUUUAUAAAUGGUAUUAAAAAAUAAAACAUAUUUUUUUGG